AUGUCGACUUUUGGCGAUCACUUCCGCGUUACCACCUAUGGCGAGUCGCACUGCCGCUCCGUCGGCUGCAUCGUCGACGGCUGCCCGCCGGGGAUGGAGCUCACCGAAGACGACAUCCAACCGCAGAUGACCCGCCGGCGUCCCGGCCAGAGCGCCAUCACGACCCCGCGCAACGAAAAGGACCGCGUGCUGAUUCAGAGCGGCACCGAGUUUGGCGUCACCUUGGGCACGCCCAUUGGCAUGAUGGUGUUGAACGAGGACCAGCGGCCGAAGGACUACGGCAACAAGACAAUGGACAUCUACCCCCGCCCCAGCCACGCCGACUGGACCUACCUCGAGAAAUACGGCGUCAAAGCCAGCAGCGGCGGCGGCCGCAGCAGCGCACGCGAGACCAUCGGCCGCGUAGCCGCCGGCGCCAUCGCCGAAAAGUACCUCAAACUCGCCUACGGCGUCGAGAUCGUAGCCUUCACCAGCUCCGUCGGCAACGUCCACCUCUUCCCGCCAACCCCCGAACACCCCAGCGCCAGCACCAACCCCGCCUACCUCUCCCUCCUCCAAUCCAUCGACCGGCCCGCCGUCGACUCCUUCCUGCCCGUGCGCUGCCCCGACCGCCAGACCUCCGACCGCAUGGAAUCCCUCAUCGCCGACUUCCGCGACCGUUCCGACAGCAUCGGCGGCACCGUCACCUGCGUGAUCCGCAAUGCCCCCAGCGGCCUGGGCGAGCCCUGCUUCGACAAGCUCGAGGCCAAGCUCGCCCACGCCAUGCUCAGCAUCCCGGCCACCAAGGGCUUCGAGAUCGGCUCCGGCUUCGGCGGGUGCGAGGUGCCCGGGUCGACGCACAACGACCCCUUUGUCUCGGCCGCCGACGUGGCGCUACCGUCGAGCGUGGCCGAGAGCGGGGCGGUGAAGUCUGGUGCGUCCCGGCCGAAGUUGACGACCAAGACGAAUUACUCGGGCGGGAUCCAGGGGGGAAUUUCGAACGGGGCGCCGAUUUAUUUCCGCGUGGCGUUCAAGCCGCCGGCGACGAUUGGGCAGGAGCAGACGACGGCGAAUUAUGAUGGCACGUCGGAGGGGGUGUUGGCUGCGAAGGGCCGGCACGAUCCGUGUGUGGUGCCGCGGGCUGUGCCGAUUGUCGAGGCCAUGGCGGCGUUGGUGUUGAUGGAUGCUGUGUUGGCGCAGCAGGCGCGGCAUACGGCGAAGAGCUUGCUUCCGCCGUUGAGGCAGACGGUCAACUCGGGGAAGCCGGCGGGGAAUGGAGUGACAGAGGCGGAGAGUAAAUAA